GCCAAGGAAAGAGAACAAUGAAGCCAGCAUUUCUUUUGGCCCUUGUGGUCUGUUCUGUAGUCAGCACAAAUUUGAAGGUGGUGUCAAAGAGAAACUCUGUGGAUGGAUGCAUUGACUGGUCAGUGGAUCUCAAGACAUACAUGGCUUUGGCAGGUGAACCAGUCCGAGUGAAAUGUGCCCUUUUCUACAGUUAUAUUCGCACCAACUAUAGCAUGGCCCAGAGUACUGGACUCAGGCUAAUGUGGUAUAAAAACAAAGGUGAUUUGGAAGAGCCCAUCAUCUUUUCAGAGGUUAGGAUGAGCAAAGAGGAAGACUCAAUAUGGUUUCACUCAGCUGAAGCACAAGACAGUGGAUUCUAUACUUGUGUUUUAAGAAACUCGACAUAUUGCAUGAAGGUGUCAAUGUCCUUGACUGUUGCAGAGAAUGAAUCAGGCCUGUGCUACAAUAGCAGGAUCCGCUAUUUAGAAAAAUCUGAAGUCACCAAAAGAAAAGAGAUCUCCUGCCCAGAUAUGGAUGACUUUAAAAAAUCUGAUCAGGAGCCUGAUGUUGUGUGGUACAAGGAAUGCAAGCCAAAAAUGUGGAGAAGCAUAAUAAUACAGAAAGGAAAUGCUCUUCUAAUUCAGGAAGUUCAAGAAGAAGAUGGAGGAAAUUACACUUGUGAACUUAAAUAUGAAGGAAAACUUGUAAGACGAACAACCGAAUUGAAAGUUACAGCUUUACUCACAGACAAGCCUCCCAAGCCAUUAUUCCCCAUGGAGAAUCAGCCAAGUGUUAUAGAUGUCCAGCUGGGUAAGCCUCUGAACAUCCCUUGCAAAGCAUUCUUUGGAUUUAGUGGAGAGUCUGGACCAAUGAUCUACUGGAUGAAAGGGGAGAAGUUUAUUGAAGAACUGGCAGGUCAUAUUAGAGAAGGUGAAAUAAGGCUACUCAAAGAGCAUCUUGGAGAAAAAGAGGUUGAGUUGGCACUCAUCUUUGAUUCAGUGGUGGAAGCUGACCUGGCAAAUUAUACCUGCCAUGUGGAAAACCGAAAUGGACGGAAACAUGCCAGUGUUCUGCUGCGUAAAAAGGAUUUAAUCUACAAAAUUGAGCUUGCAGGAGGCAUGGGAGCAAUCCUCCUCCUCCUUGUACUGCUCGUGGUCAUUUACAAAUGCUAUAACAUUGAAUUUAUGCUCUUCUACAGACAACAUUUUGGAAAUGAUGAAAAUACUGAUGACAACAAGGAAUAUGAUGCCUAUCUCUCUUACACAAAAAUGGACCAAGAUACUUUAGGCUGUGACAAUCCUGAAGAAGAGCAGUUUGCUCUUGAAAUACUGCCAGAUGUCCUAGAAAAACACUAUGGAUAUAAACUCUUCAUUCCAGAAAGAGAUUUGAUUCCAAGUGGAACAUACAUUGAAGAUCUCACAAGAAGUGUUGAGCAAAGCAGAAGACUUAUUAUCGUGCUAACUCCAGAUUACAUUCUCAGACGAGGAUGGAGUAUUUUUGAAUUGGAAAGCAGACUCCAUAACAUGUUAGUCAGUGGAGAAAUCAAAGUGAUUUUGAUUGAGUGUACAGAAUUAAAAGGGAAGGUGAAUUGCCAGGAAGUGGAAUCACUAAAGCACAGCAUCAAACUUCUGUCACUGAUCAAGUGGAAGGGACCCAAAAGCAGCAAAUUAAAUUCUAAGUUUUGGAAGCACUUAGUAUAUGAAAUGCCCAUCAAGAAAAAAGAAGUGCUUUCUCGCUGCCAUAUUAUGGACUCUGCAGAACAAGGACUUUUUGGAGAACUCCAGCCUAUACCAUCUAUUGCUAUGACCAGUACCUCAGCCUCUCUUGUGUCAUCUCAAGCUGAUCUCCCUGAUUUUGACCAUUCAGAUUCAAUGCAAAUGAGGCACUGUUGCAGAAGUUAUACACACAAGACACCAACCACCACCUCCCCAGUAUCUUCCUUGGGAAACCACUACACUUACUGUAACCUGCCUCUGACGCUACUCAAUGGACAGCUACCCCUUAAUAAUGCCCUGAAAGAUACCCAGGAAUUUCAUAGAAACAGUUCCCUGCUACCUUUAUCAUCCAAAGAGUUUAGCUUCACCAGUGAUAUUUGGUAGUGAAAAAUCUGACCUACUCAGAACAGCCAUGUGAGCAUAGAGAAUUUCUGCGAUACCAAGCAUAAAGUACACCUAAUAACAUCAAGGUGCUAAAAAAGUGUUUGAAGAAAAAGGCACAGAAAUUUCUUUGUACUUCAUUUUUUUUCUUUGUUUAUUUGUUUACAUUUCCAGAAUAGUGGGGG